CACACUGUAUUUUUCCGCGUUUAAUGAAUGUGAAGGUCAUAUGGAUGAUUUGGAUCUACCAAAAGAUGCAAAAUACAAAAGCUUUAUUGCACAAGUUGAUAAGUCCCUCAAAAGUUUUGAAUACUCUACGGAAUGGGCUGACCUUAUAUCUGCUCUAGGACGGCUGAUUAAAGUUAUUCAGUCAAAUACAAAAUGUGGUUAUGUUCCUCGAAGUUUUGUUAUUGGUAAACGUCUCGCCCAAUGUCUUCAUCCUGCUCUACCGGCUGGUGUUCAUUGCAAAGCGUUAGAAUGUUACGACGUAAUUUUCCGCACUAUUGGACCUGAACGUGUCGCCUAUGAUUUGUAUGUUUAUGGUCCAGGCUUGUUUGCUCUACUCGAGCCAUCUGCUAUGACGGUUAAGUCACCGCUGUUUGAUAUUUAUGAAGAACACUUGCUUCCUCUUGGGAAAUUGCUUCAUCCAUCAUUUUUAGGACUAUUAAAGGGCUUGCUACCGGGUUUGGAACCAGGCGCGGAAUUCUCUGAACGUGGAAAUCGAAUGUUAGAAAUGUUCAGUUCCUCUGUGGGAUCUGCGUUCUUUUAUACGUGUUUGUGGGAGCUUCUAAUUCGAUGUCCAUCUAUACGACAAUAUGGAAUUUCAUUUAUACUCAAUCAUUUAAACAAACGUAAAUCAUUAGAUAGUCAAAGUUAUAUUUAUGGUUUAGAUAAAAAUAUUCUUGUAGAGAGUUUAUGCUGUCUAUUCGGUGACAGUGUUCUACUAGUACAACGUGAUGCUCUUGAUUUUAUUCUGUUAGCAUUACCAAUACAUUUUUAUUCGAAAACAACAUCGACAACAGAGCGUAAUCCAUUUCAGUUUAUCACUAACCAAUCGCUAACAGUGAAAGAUUUCGCUAUGUUAUGUACAGCUUCGUUGUCUAUUUUACUACGUCGUGAUGCAUCUUUGAAUCGUCGUUUAUUUAUUUGGCUUAAAGGUAGUCAGUCAGUUGAGGGAAUGGUUGUGGAUAGUUUAGAUAACCAAUCAAUGACAUGGGCAGACAUAGUCAUGGAUAAAGUAGAUGAUAAACAUGUAUUGGCAUUAAAUGAUAAAAAUGAAAAUAAUAGUCAACGUUAUUUUAAAUUAUACUCACAAAUAAUUCUUACAGAGGCUGUACGUCGUUUAAUCUAUAAUCCUACUUGUUUACCUAUUCCAUGUCAAUUCAAUGAAAAUCAUUUGAAUUUUUCUGCUAAAUUCACAUUUGGAUCAGAUUUAUCUGCAUUAGUUACAGAACGAAGUAUUUCCGAGCGUCCAUUUCGUGUUUUAGUCGGUCUAACUGAUCAUCCAGAUAUAGCUCAUGGACUUUUAGAUAAUUUAUUAUUAGAUAUAAUGUGGUAUACCUAUGAAGGUUAUUUAAAAUUACGUUGGCAAACUACAUGUUGUUUGGUGAAUUCAAACCAAAUCAAUAAAUCAUCACAUCGUGAUUCAACAUUAACUAUAUCAGAUUUAGUAAAUCGACCAAGUUUAUGUGAUAAACAAUUACCAAGUAAUAUGACAAAUCUAAUUAAAGAUUAUAUUUUAAUUCGCGAUAGUGCAAAACCAUCGAGUUUACGAAUUGAUAAUCAAGGUAGAAAUUUAGAAUAUAAUGGAACAACUUUAGUCGAUAGAGAAGAUUCAUUACCUUCAAAUGAUUCAAAUAUCAAUAAGAUUUCAAUACAACAUUCUAAUAAUCAUACAACUAUUAGUACUACUAAUACUACUAAUAAUAAUGUUGUUGAUGAAUUCUUACGUACAUCACAUUUAUUUUUCAGUAAUAUAAGUAGUGAAUUUUUAUGGAAAUUUAUUGAAAAUCAAUUUACUGAAUUAUUGAAUUUAUCAUCAACCAUAACAGUCAAUACAAUCGGAUCAAUGAAUAUACAUCCUAAUAAGAUUAUAUCAUCAUCAUCAUCAUCAUUGUCAUCAUCAAUUGAAUGUGAUAAUUGGCAACAAUCAUCAUUGAAAUUAUCAUUAAUUCAAUGGUGUUCUAUAAUAAAUUUCUUUUUGAAUUGUUUACCAAUUGAUAUGUAUCCUAAUGUUCGUAGUCUAUAUCUUCCACAUUUAAUUAUUCAUUUAACUAACUGUUUAGUUGAAAAACUUCGAGUUAAUUGUAAACUACAUUAUCAUGAUCAAUCUUUAUUAUCACAUGAAGGUAGUUUCUCAGAGUAUAAAUUAACAUCUUCAGAAUGGGCUAGUAUAAUCAAUUGUUUAGAUACGAUUGUACAUCAUAUACGUGAGUAUGCAGUGACAAUAUUUGAUCAGUUAUCGAGUCCAGUCAAUUUUAAACGUCAAGAAGAAGUAUUAUUAUCAAAUAACAGUAAUAAUAAUAAUAAUAAUAAUAAUAAUAAUAAUAAUAAUAAUAAUAAUAAUAAUAAUAAUAAUAAUAAUAGUAAUUGUGGUCAAUGUAAUGAGAUCAACAGUAAUGAUGGUAUUGCUGAUAGUCAGGAUAAUCAAAUUUCUGAGGAAUUAAUGAUGAUUGCUAAAGCAGUUGGUCAAUUUCGACGAUUUCUUGGCAUAUUCUGUAUUCAUGUCUUAAAUUUUUCACCAGUUAAAAUGAAUGAAUUUAUCCGAAAAAUUUGUACGGAACAAUGUGAACAUGAUUGUAGUAUCAUUUCGAAUGAAGGAGAAAUAAACAAAAUGAAUAAUAAUAAUGAUAAUAACAAUGAAGAUAUACUCGACAAAGAAGGUGCUAAAGAAAAAUCUCAUGAAAAAUCUGUAUUGAAACAUAAUCAUCAAGUGUCAUUACCAUCGUCUUCAGUCAGUUGUAUAGAUCUUUUUGCCCAAAUUUGCCGUCUUAUUGUGGAGAUGUCCAGCUUUCCUUUAUCUAUUAUGCAUCAAUUUAAAAAUUCAUCAAUAUCACCUAGAAUCAUUUCUACCAGUAAUUCUAAUCUUAGUAUUUUAGAUUUAUUCGGUGGUGAACUUAUACGUCAUGCUGAUACAGGUCGUUUCAUUCUACCACAAUGGCUUGUUUGUUUAUUGUAUGCAUCAUGUGAUCUAGAUAAUUUCAAUAUUAAGUCAAUUGCUUUGUAUACACUGAUUGAAUUAUUUCAUGCAGCUGUUUCUAUUCACGGUUGGAGUACAGAAUUGAAGUAUUAUUCUAAUGACAUCAAUACUACUACUACCACUAAUGAUAAUAGUGCUGGACAGAUCCAGCCAGGAAACAAUAAUGAGAAUGGUGAUAAAGUAGUUCCCGUAGAUGAUAAACAUGAAGCAAAUCGUGGAAUGCGUUUAGUAUUUCCUGUACUAAGUGGAGAGUUGAUGUCAUAUCUUUCUCAAAAGACAAAUUUAUUCACGUACUUGGGUGUUUCAUUAUGGCGUUAUCUAUCACCAGAAUAUUCUACUUAUCAUGAUGAUGCAACAAGUUUACUUGUUCGUCUACAUCAAUUAGCUCCUCCAUUGCCGAAAUCUCUUGCUUGUCAAUUAACUCCCAGGAUAUCAGGAAGCACAUCUACUAUCAGUUCUUGUAUUGAAGGCUUCAUUCUCUCUCAAAUGCUUUCAUCUGAUUUAGAUAUUAAAAUAGAUGCACAUUCACGCUUUAUUUUACUGUGGCAUUUAUUGAGAUACUAUGGAUCACGUGUUCAAUCAAAUAUUCAUCCAUUGACAAACACUUCAACUAAUACUUCAGUUCAUCAGUUUUCGGUUACUAAACGAUCAUUACAUUCUUCAGUUCAUGAUUCUUUUAGACUAAGUGGUGUAUCCAAUUUCAUAGCGGCUGUAUCAUGGAGGCGUGCAUUUCUUGGUUUGACUGGAGACAAAGUUGGCAACAGUGAUUUAUCAUCUCCUGGUUCAGGUUUGUAUGAUAUUCCUUUCUAUAGAUGUACAUUACUCUUAUUGGAUAAUUUAGAUUAUGAUAAUCCAUUGGGUCCAAUUAGGUCAAUUGGUUUAACAAGUCUAUCACAAUUGAAUCUAAAUGUCAAUAAAAGACAAAUAAAUAAAAAUAAUCAAAAUGUGAAUAACAAUGAAGAAUUUCAUCAAAUUGAUCAUUCAAUUAAUUAUGGAAAUUCUAUACUAAGAGAACAAUCUAUUCUAUGGAUAGAGAAAGCUUUAAGAACUGGUCAAAUAGAUCGUUUGAUAAUACCAAUUUUAGCUAUAUUAUUACAUCCUGGAACAGCUAGAAUUAGUUUAAAAUCACAUGUAUUAAAACAUUAUUGUCAACAAAUUAAAGUGUCAAAAUCCAAGAAAUUAUUGAAUGGUUCUUUAAAAUCAGUUGAUACAACAGAUAUUUACUGUAGACCGCCUUCAUAUGAAGAAGUUGUUAAUAAAAUGAAUCCAACUAGUAUUAAUUCUGAAUUUCCACAUAUUAACACUAUUCACACAGAAAAACCAUUUAAUCUAAUGAAUUCAAUCCGUGAAAAGUUUCAACGAUUUCAUUCUACGACGGAAUCGCUAAAUAAAACAGAAGUAACAAAUGAAAUAAAUACUUCCAAACAACAAGCUGCUGAAGCUGUUCUCAACUCUGUUAUAUCUAUGAGUUUAAUGAAAGAUGAAAAGAAUCAUUCAUUGUUAGACUACGUAACAGAUUGGCAUCAUGAUUCUAGAACACUUUCAAUGUUACCUGUCAAUGAACAUUUGUUAGUUUAUCUACAAAAUUAUGAUUCCAACCAAGUGAUUUAUGCUUUCUCUCGUCUUCGAGCAAUUCUAUCUAUAGCUCCUGCUCUAUUUGUUCGUUCACUUGCAUCAUGUACAAUCAAUUCAAUGUUUAGUUUCAAUUUAUAUGGUUUAAAAUUUAUUGAACUUUUAUCAAGACAUCGUCGUUCUAUGGCUGGUUGUAAUUUUUUUUCUACUGUCAGUUCAGAAGAAUUAAGUCAAUCGCAACAAAAUUAUACAAAUUUAUUAGAAUUAAUUAUUGAUUUAUGUUUACAAUAUAUGUGUAGUUAUUUACCUUUUAUUACAAUGAAAACAAUAUCAACUGUCAAUACUAUGAUUGAUGAGGAUGAUGUUGAUAACAAUUAUACUAGUUCAUCUAUGAAUAACAAUAAUAAAUGUUCCAUUGAAUUUGGUCAUCGUUUUGGUAAUUCUAAAAGUGAAUUUCGUGCUAAUCAACUUGUACAGAAUACAGCUGCAGAGAUUUUAACAUUGAUUGUUGAACAAUUAGUAUUGAUACAAGAUGAAUGUUUUAAUCCGUCACUGAUGAAUUCAGCUUUAAAGUCCAAUUCCAGUUUAUCCAAUGUUAAGAAUUCCUUUUCUAGUACACGUAUACCAGAAUUAUCAUCAGUAUAUUCAACUGGGUCUACAAAUUCAAACGUUGUUCCUCCCAAUACAAUUACAUUUUCAUCUAUGAUUCAACAAGCUAAUGGACGUCGUCUUGUACAAAAUACCUUACAUCAUACUUGUAUACCAUCUGUUGUUUUACAUUGUUUAGCCUCUUGUAUUACAAAAGUACAUUGGCCUAAAACGGAUAAAAACUGGUCGGAUUAUUCAACAUCAAAUGGAAUCAGAAAACUUCCAACAUGUUUACAAUUAAUACUUGUCAAUGAUCAAUUAUCAAAUUUACCGAAUUCAUUUCAAACUACACAAUUACAAACUUUAUUAAAAUUAUUCAAUGUAAUUCUUCAUUUAAAACCAUGGUAUGGUUAUUCUGAUCGUAUGUCUUUAAUGAAAUAUCAUUAUGUAUUACAACAAAAUUGUCAAACAUCAACAGAAUUAUGUAAUACUACUACUAAUAAUAAUAAUAAUUUAUUAUGGCCAGUAUGUCCAAGUAUAUUAUUAUUAGAUAAUGAAUUAACAAGUUAUGAUUUAUUAACUCAUUAUAUCACUGAUAUUUGGUCAAUAGCUUGUAAUCAAUUGCCAAAUGCAUUAAAUCAUCAAUCAUUAUUUCAUAUCAAUUGUAUAACAACAUUAUGGUGGUCAUCUAACUCGACUAAAACUUCUUCAAGUAUUGAAAAAGAUCAAUUGAAUUUAUUCAUUGAAUUAUUAUCGAUUGGAUUAUCAUCACCAUUAUCAUCAUCAUUAAAUGAUAAUACACCUAAUUAUUCAAGUUUUUUCUCAGCUCGUUUGGAUUUACAUCCAUUAUGGUAUUGUUUUAUAUUUAAAAGUUUAUCUUAUUGGGGUUGGUUUAUUGGAUCAUUAAUACGAGUAACUAUUAAACAAAUAUGUUCAAGUUUAAAUAAACUAUGUGAUCGUGUUUGUCAGAAUAUACAAACACGUUGUAAUAAUAAUAUUAGAAGAUCACGAUUAUCAAAUACAAGUGAAUGGGAGCUUUUACCACCAGACUAUACAUUAACUGUAUUAGCUUUAAUUCAAGGCAUUUGUCAUGCGUUUCUUCUGUCAGUUGGCAAUGCCUCUUUACCGCUUAUGUCAUCUCGAAAAGUGAAUUCAUUACAACAAACUAGUGCAUCGAUGCGUGGUGGUAAUCCACCAACUGUUAGUCAAUUAACUGGUCUUCCAGAUUCAAUAGAAGGUGCUUUGGAAAUUGCUGAAAUUCUUUAUCAUCACAAAUUGAAUCCACCAAAUCCAAGUGGACCCAUACCAGAAGUCAAUAAUGCUGUACCAGCAUUUGAUCCUUUGUUUCCAUCGCCUCUUACAGAGAAUGUUGACCAUUGUUCAAAUACGAAUAAUCCAUCUGUGGACAAUGUUUCAAAUUUGGAACCAUCUGUAAUUUUAACUUCUGGAAUAGGAGAUGAUAAGGUGGAGACGACAGAAAUGUCAGUUCAUUCUCCAAGUUCUACUGUAAUAUUUUUGAAUCGUGCAAAAAACUCUAAAAAUGUAAAUAUUAAAGAUGAUAUAUUAAAUCCUGAAUUGCAUCCUUUUGUUCAAGCUCAAUUGGAGGUAUUACGUUUAAUGCCUGAUAUUAUUUCAAGCAUAGCAUUCCUUUGGAAUACUCUUAAUCAAUCACCAUUCUGUCAGUUACAUAAAGGAAACCUUUACAAAUCUACUUGUACAAUGACUAGUCGUUAUCCAGAUAAAGAACAUUGGUCGUUGUUAAACUCACCUAUUCCUUCUGAAAGUUUAUCUCCAUUAAUUAGCCUUGGUUCAGCUACUCUUGUUCGUGGCGCUAUUCGUCGGCUACUAAAGCCUAUCGCAACACAACAUCCAGAUCUCUUAUUGGUAACAACCGCUGUAGCUUGGCCAAAUACAACUUUUGAUAUUGAAACUGGUGGUCUACUUGCUGGAUUCGAUUCACUAAUAAACUAUGGCCCAUUGGAUAUGCUUAUACCUUUAAGAAUAAAAAGAGAUAAUGGUACUUCAGAAAUUUACUCCAUUCCAUUACAUCAUAAACAAUAUAGUUUAUUAGAUUUAAUUAGUGGUCAAACUUAUGAUGAUAAACAUUAUGGUUCUAUAUUAUCAUCUACAAUAUUAAUUAAUCAUUUACGUGAUAUUCUACGUCGUCCAAUGAAUAAUUCAUUUUUAUUACCAAUCAUUAAUACUAUUCAAUUACAAUAUAAUUUCACUUCAUUAUCGUCAUCAUUAAUGAAUUCAUAUUCACCAUUACAAGAAAUGAAUACAUCAUUAAUAACAAAUGGAUAUAAAUCAAAUACAAAUUCUGGAGUAAAUUUAAUACGUUUACAAACGAAUUUAUUACAUUUAUUUUAUGCAUGGCUUAUUAUGAAACCAGAUUUUAUAUCAUCGGAUUUAUUAUUAAUAUUAAUACGUGAUUUAAUUAAUUUACCAACAAUAAUUAAUUAUAAUAAUAUGAAUAUAAUGAAUAUAACAACAACAACAACCAGUACGACGACUACUACUACCAAUAGUAGUAGUAGUACGACAUUGGGUCUUUCACCAGCAGGAAUAUUCAUUCUUAUCAAAAUCUUCAGCAAAUUUUUAGAAACAGCUAAUUUUACCGAUGAUAAACGAGAACAAAAAGAGUUACAGGAAUUAUGUCAUCGAUUACUUGAAACGACAGCUUCUAUUGCUGCAUCUGCCUUGCAUCAACCAUCAUGGUUUCGUAAAACUUUACAAGUUCGUCAACUCGAUGGUGAUUUAACCAAUUCAUUUCCAUAUUCCCAACCUUUAAAUUCUAUCGAUUUAACUGAUCGUAUAUCGCUUUCAGGAUCGGAUGUUUUUGAAUCUAUUAAUAAAUCUGAUCGAUUAGGAAAUGGAUCAUCAGAUUUAACAAAUUCACAUUCUAUUGGACAACUUAACAAUGCAAAUGAUGUAUUGAAUGAUGUAGAACAAUCUUCUGUAAAAGAUUUAUAUGAUAAAUCAAUAUCAAUAGCAUUGCCUUCAUCAUGUUAUUCAAAAUCACGGCAUUCAUCUGUGAAUCUGUUGUCAAAUGAAAUAACACGUAUCCGUAUGCGUAGCGAUGUGACAAUACAAGCUAUUGAGUUGUUAACAGAGAAUAUGGUUAUAUUUUUGGAUUUAGUGUAUAAAAGUGAUGAAAAAGAUCGUGUAACAACAUUUUUAAACAAUAUUUUGUGCAAUAUUUUUCCUUAUCUUCGUGUUCGAACAUUAAGUAAUUCAGAUCAUUUUACUGUAGCCAGUAAAUUAAUUGCAUCGAUUAGUAGUUAUCAAUAUACACGUAAAUCAUGGCGUCGUGAUGUUUUGGAUUUAUUUUAUGAAUCAGUAUUUUUUCAAAUGAGUCCAAUUGCUUUACAAAGUUGGAAUUUAAUCAUUGAUAAUUUAAUGACACAAGAUAAAAGUACAUUUAAAGAAGCAUUAGCUCGUCUUGUAUUCGCUCAACCGGGUGGUUUAAAUUUAUUUACUAGUAAAGAGAGUGAAUAUGAUCUACGUGCUGCCUGUUUGAAAAAAUUAUCUUAUCUAGUUUAUGCAAGUGAACCGGAUCAAUAUGCGAAAGCAAUGCCUGAUUUAUUAGAACGUCUUGCUGAAUGUCUACGUUUAGGUCAAGGUAUAAUUCCAGUGGUUCAUACUCAAGUGUUUUUAUUUGCUCGUGUCUUAAUAUCUCGUAUGUCAGCCAUACAAUUGAAUUCUUUAUGGCCUAUAGUUGUACCAGAAUUGUUCCUCACAUUCAAAUCCCUAUCUCAGGCAAUUCAAGAAUGCGUUUCUAAAAUUCAAUCAAGGAAAGCCAAACCUGAUGCCUCUACGUCGUCAUCAUCAUCAUUUCUGUCUACUUCACAAAUGAAUUUGUAUAUUAGUGCAUGUAAAUUGUUGGCUACCAGUUUAUUAUAUCCAGAAUAUAGACUGCCACAAUUUUCCUAUUAUCAAUGGGCAUUUGUCAAAGAUAUAACUUUUGAUAAUUUAACUAACCAAGAAGAAAUGACAAAUGUCGCCACAGUGAAUAACAAUCGAAGAAUAUCGUUUCUUCCGUUCCUUUCCGAUGUUCUAACACAAAUUGAAAAAUUACAAGAAGUUGACAUAUCGAAUGGUAUUGAUGUGACAUCGAUGGAAAAUUCAUCUACUUUAUAUCAAAGUUGUUUCAGUAUUUUGGCUUUAGAUAAACUUGUCAACAUUUAUACACUGAAACCAUUCUUUGAAAGUUUACAUAACAGUUCAAAUGUUGAUUCAUUACGAAAUUCAUUCAAUGAUAUCCCAGUACUUGAUGGCUUCCUUCUUGAACUAGCUAUAGAAGCAUCUUUAGCUCAAGACUUUCCUGAAACUAUUGCAUCUAGAUAAUAAUAAUAAUAAUAUCCAUUUACAUCUUGAUUAUUAUGAUUAUCAUACUUAUUAUACAGAUUUACACUACCUCUUAUCCAACCAAUGAAAAUUUAAGAAACAACUUUGAAUAUUUAUGUUACAUGGUCUAUUGAAAUCACAUAAUCGAACUUGUGCACCUAUUGUCUUUCUAACCUUUUCACUUUCUUUAUGUUUUCUUUUUUCGUUUUGUACACAAACAUCUUAAAAUUUAGGAAAUUUUAUUAUACAAUAUGUUGUUGCUUUUGUUUGUUCUAUUGAUUCACCUAAACACAUUACAUAAUCUAAACCCAUCAUUAAGGCUGUGUCUUUCUCUAUUUCUCAUCUUAGUUGUCGAUUUUCUUUUCUCCAUAUUACUACUAUUACUAGUACUAAUACUAAUACUGCUACUAAAACUACUCAUACUACUACUUUAUAAUAAAUUACCAAUAUACGCUUAUAAGAUUGUUUCUUCCUUUUCAUAUCAUCACUUACUACAUGAUGAACAUUUGCUCUACUAUAAAUACAAUUGUAAUUGUUAUUGUAUUCCAACAUCAACUGGUUUGCGUAAUAUGACAGAAAGACACCAAUUUCCAAAGAAUAUGAAAAAUGCAAAGAUAUCAUCAUUCCUAAAUCACCAAACAAAUGUGAUACAUAAAAGAUCCUAUUUCCUUCCAUUCAAUAUUGUUGUUUCAUUUCCAUGUUUAUGUAUGUGUUUCUAUGUGAAUAUAUUAUUAAAGUAUAUGAUGAUUAUGUACUAUUGUAAAGGGAUUAUAUUUCUUAUGAACGUAAUGCAUUAUUCAAUACAUCAUUGAUCGAUAUUUGAAUAAAUAAAAGAAC